AUGCCUAUCCCGGAUGUUGAUAGUGUUUCUUCUUCAAACAAUCGACUUAUCAUCGAGGAGCUAGAUUAUGGCAUUCUUGUUAUGAUGACUGAGUUUGAUCGUAUGUUUCUUGCAUUGACAAAUGAGCAGCGUCACAUUUUCCUUGAUAUCAUGACUGCAGUUAAACAAAAUAAAGGAGGUGCUUUCUUUGUUUAUGGUUAUGGUGGAACUGGUAAAACUUUCUUAUGGAAGACAAUAUCUGCAGCUAUUAGAAAAGAUGGUCAUAUUGUUUUAAAUGUUGCUUCAAGUGGGAUUGCUUCAUUAUUAUUGCCCGGAGGUAGAACAACACACUCUCGAUUUGUAAUUCCAGUUGAACUAAAUGAGGAUUCUGUUUCUCCUAUGGUCUAUAAGCAUGCAUUUGGAGCUUUAGAUCGAAGUUUGAAAGAUGUAUUCAGGUCUGAAAAUUCUACCAACUCAGAUAUUCCGUUUGGAGGGAAAGUUAUUGUUUUUGGAGGAGAUUUCAGACAGAUUCUACCUGUUAUUCCAGGUGGAAGUAGACAAAACAUUGUUAAUGCUUCUUUAAGAGAAGGCAAACUUGGUGGUAUCAAUGAUGGAGAAAUGGUUAUUGAUACUCCAGAUGAUAUUCUCAUUAAUGAUCCACAUGAUCCUAUAGGUUCAUUAAUUGACUUCGUAUAUCCAUCAAUUUUGGAAAAGUACAACAAUACAAACUAUUUUCAAGAAAGAGCAAUACUUGCUCCAAAGAAUGAAGUGGUUCAAGAAAUAAACGACCGUUUGCUAUUGAAGUUUCCAGGAGAUGAGGUUGAGUAUUUAAGUUCAGAUAGUAUAUGUCAAUCUGAAUUUGUCCAUGAUCAGUUUGAUGCAAAUUUAUAUUCACUUGAUGUUUUAAAUGGUAUGAAAGUAUCGGGUUUACCAAACCAUAAGUUAGUUUUAAAAAUUGGUGUUCCCGUUAUGUUGCUGAGAAAUAUUGAUGAGAAAAAUGGAUUGUGUAAUGGGACAAGACUCCAAGUGAUAUCAUUGGGCAAACGUGUUAUUGAGACACAUAUCAUAUUUGGAACUAAUGUUGGAAACCGCACUAUUAUUCCAAGAAUUUCAUUAACUCCAUCAGAAAAGAAAAUUCCCUUCACAUUCCGAAGAAGAUAG